AUGGCGAUAAAGCUGAUGGCAAAAGUCUCUUUGUUGCUGCUUAUGCAGCUGCUAGUGCCAUGUGUAGACGCAGGUAGCUGGCAGAGCUGCCGUGAAGUGCCCGUGGCGAAGUGUGGUGUAGGUGACAGCCGUAGCGAUGGUCAUGAGUACCGGUAUGAUAUUGGAGCGUACCAGUACAAGUGGACCAAGUACCCGUCCAAAGGAACAAGCUACAAAGGGCCCUUUAAUGGAUAUUUUGCUUUGAGUCAGGUGUUCCAGUCCUGUCAGAUUUGCUCAAACGAAACAAGGCCUACCCAGGGGGGUCCCACUCAGAACCCCUCGCCACAAAUGAGAACCAGCAUCAUGAUUGUUGGCAACAAUGUCGGAAAGCUUGGCACUGACAAGGCAGAGAUCCUCUCAAAGAUCCCAUGUGGUAGAAUGUGCAGGCUGUGGUUUGUGGAUUGUAACCUAACGGCAAUAGAGGUAGGGGCGUUUGCUAAGUUGCCACAGGUAUCUACCCUGGUCAUCUGGCGGAGCAAUGUCCAGACUCUGAAGAACGGCACGUUUGCUGGGAUGAAGGGUCUCGAGUAUCUGCUGCUCUUCGAGAACAACCUGACACAUCUGGAGGAUGGCUGCUUCCAUGGGCUGCCCAGGUUGUCCUACCUCAGUCUGGUGGACAACCAAAUCCUGACGCUGUCGCCAGGCGCGUUCCUGGGAGUGCAGCCACCCGGAUUUGACGUAAGUGCCAAUCACAUCACUAACGUAGAACCGGGGACCCUGCAGGCGAUCAAGCCCGUAGAAUAUGUCCGCGUUGUGCAGAACAAACUGCGCUCGAUCGACGCGGCAAUGUUCCAUGGGCUUGAGCGACUGGAGUACUUGAACCUGGAGGGUAAUAAAAUCUCCCACAUUGCUGAUGGCGCGUUCCACUCAAACACAAAAUUGAAUUCCCUAAACCUUGCAGAAAACAGGCUGACCUUUCUGUCUGGUAGUUGGUUCAAGCAAUCGUUUCCAGGCACUCUCGUCGUGUAUGGAAAUGGUGUUGCCGCCAUUGCACUGGAAGGGAGGGGGUUGUCUUACAAAAGAAUCUACAUGAGCAAUCGUCUGCGCUGUACAUGUGCAAAUGAUUGGCUGUACGAAAACGAGAGUGUCAAGGACCCGAAGUUCAAGUGGCAUUAUAUAGUCAACAUAGGCUCUCCCCAUCCAGCCAGCUGUCCCCCCUCGGUGCUGAUGCAAAACCUCCCCGCGCCAGUCUAUCCCAGCAACACACUGCCCUGCCCGCCACCGCUAGUGGAGAUCGUUACAGCCGAACGCAUUGCUGAUAACAAGUACAGGGCCAUUGGCAGGGUGUACUGGGAACAGCUGCCCCAAGUGUCCUGGACCUUCCCUGCAAACGACUCACGACACUCCUUUAACAUGACGUACGACAAAGACACGACCACACACGACAGUCUCCCGACAGGUAACCUAACCGUGAGGGUGGUGACCGCCCUAAAGGCUGAGGGGUGGGUGAAAUGCAAGGUACCAGAAUCAGGAAAUCACAGCCUGUGUUCAAACUACAUGGGGAAGUCCUGCUUUACCCUUUGGCUUGACACCACGGGCACCGAGCCCUUGUCCUUUGGGAACACCACAUGUACGGCUUCUUCCGAAACUGGCUCCCACACUGCCGUCUUUGUGGCAAGCGAGCGCGCACACUCUGACAUGACAACAGCGACAGAGAUACCUCUCACAAACAAGACACCACACUCGGCCAGUAUCCCCUCUACACCACUGCCCACUAGCACGACUCAUGGUGGCCUUGACGACACAUGCACAUGGUACAAGGUGUUGGCAGUUGCUGGCUGGUUACUGGCCGCUGUUGAGUGGCCGGUGAUUUUGUUCUGUGCCUGGUGUGUGGUUAGGAGUAGCAAAGCCCCAGGUAACGGCGCAGGUCCGGCUUCCCGCAGGUGGCCUUUGUCAGGUGGCAACUCGGAUGGCUCAAUGAUCAGCCCCUACGCUGAAGGUCGUUUCGAGGAUCACAACAGCUCGGGUGUUUCAGUGAUCAGCCCUUACGCUGAGGGUGGUUUCCAGGACCACCCUGAUUUGCGCAGGGCUUCUUCUUCCCGCUCAGAAGCCGUCCCGUACGGCCAGGCCAAGCUUGGCGCAGCGUACGCAGCCCGCCCCCGCGCGCAGACACACCCCGUGCCGUCCCGCCCGUACAGCGCAGAGCGCCCCCGUCAGGCACCAAACAGGGAAAGGGCUGGCUAUGGUCAAAAUGACGGCAAUAAAUCUGGCAAAAACUGCUAUCAGCACCCAGUCAUUCUGCCCAACCAGGGUGCUACAAAGCCCCCCAUCUACCAGCAGAAUGCAAGCACUGCUCUGCGUACCGGCAGGGCAGUUUGCUAUAAGUAUAACUCCCCAUCCCUAUCGGGUGCCACAAAGCCCCCUGCCUACCAGCGGAACGCAAGCACCCCUCUGCAUACCGGCAAGGCAGUUUGCUACAACUCCCCUUCCCUGUCGGGUGCCACAAAGUCAAACUCAAACUCAAAGUCCCCCACCUUCCAGCAGAAUGCAAGCGCCGCUCUGCGCUCCAGCAAGGCAGCUUGCUACAACUCCCCUUCCCUGGCCAGACUCAUCUAG